AGUUUCUCUUUUGAAAUUGAGUUGAGAGUAAGACUGAAGUAAAAAAAAUGUGUGUGCUGUGAUAUCUCUAAAAAAAAUUAUUUCAAAAUGGAUAUAUUUUGUGUGAAAGAUUUUGAAUGGGAGAACAACAUCACAUUCAGCAACAGUUCCUUGAUGCCAUUCACUGAAUGUCUCAACUUCACUGUGUUGACAUGGAUCCCUUGUGGCUUUCUUUGGCUCACUGCUCCCUUUUACAUCAUACGUUUAAUGUUAACCAAAACCUGUAUAAGUCCUGUGAACUGGUUAAAUAAGACAAAACUUUUUUUCAGUAUUGCUUUAAGCGUGGUAUAUUUUAUAUACACAUUUGAUGCAUGGAGUGUUAACAGUUCUCUAUUAUUCAAUGCAGAACGCUGGUCUGUGUGCAUCUGGAUUAUAUCUCUAUUUCUUCAGUCACUUCUUAAUGGCAUGGAAAAGUCAAGACAUGUUAUAAGGUCACCCAUUUUAUUUAUAUUUUGGACCCUGGCUUUUAUUGUUUCAUUUAUUCCAUUUUACACAGACCUGAUUCUAAGGUUUGAGGAGAAAAAUGGCACUGAGCUGACAUUGUUGAUUUUAAAAAUCUUGUUCACAACAAUUUUGUUUCUCUUAUAUUGUUUCCCAAACUAUACAGUUCAUAGGUCAAAGCGUGACAAUCCUGAGGUUACCGCCUCCAUGUUAUCUUGGAUUACAUUCAGCUGGUUAGACAGGUUAAUACUCAAGGGAUUCAGAUCAACGCUCUCUGAUGAUGAGAUCUUUGCUAUCAACCCAAGAGACCAAAGUGAAAGUGCCGUCAAUAAGUUUUUGCACUACUGUAAUAAAGAGACGGAAUCAGAAAUUAUGCCAAAGAAAAAAUUGUCCUGUAGAUGCUGGGGGAGAGUUUUCCAAUUAUGUGCAUGUUGUAGAAAGCACAGAAAAUUAGAGACCUCUAUUCUUGUCAAUUCCAUUGGGGUGUCAGCCUAUCAGUCUAUUCAAGAGACAUCUUUUAGUGAGAUUGGCAGAGAGGCAUCUGACCCAGCAAAAGAUGUUUCUCUACUGAGGACCAUGGUGAAGUGUUACUUACUAGAAGCCUUGACCUGUCAAUGGGGGACUCUGAUGUUUGUUCCUUCUGUUGUUCUCAGCCCUGUAAUUCUUGGAUUGUUGAUUGACUUCAUCAGUGACCAGUCAGAACCAACCUGGCAUGGCUAUAUUUAUUUUCUGGCCUUCAUUUUACUUUCUGCUCUGUAUACUUUCAUUGGAACCAUUGCGGAGUACAGCACAGCAUGUUUCUCGGUCAGAGUACGAAGUACACUCAUGGCAAUGAUUUAUAGAAAGGUGACAACCAUGAGUAAUGAUGUUAAAAAGAUAUUCACAUCUGGAGAAAUUAUGAAUCUGAUGUCGGUGGAUACUGGCAAUGUGGAAACUAUGUUGGACUUUUCCAUGUGGAUCUUGAUUAAUUUUUUCAAUAUCGGCAUUUGUGGGUACCUCCUGUACACAGUUGUAGGAGAAGCAAUAUUGGGAGGCUUGGUUGUGAUACUGGUGGUCUAUGCUCUGAAUGUAGCAGCUAUGAAAAAGUUGUCGGAGUAUCAAGAUCAAUUGAUGACGAUGAAAGACUGGAGAAUGAAAACAACCAAUGAAGUUUUGAAUGGAAUAAAGAUCAUUAAACUGUAUGCAUGGGAGAAUAUCUUUACUAAGAGACUUGAAGAGAUACGAAAUCAAGAGCUACAGAUUCUUCUGAAGUAUGCAAUAUUGAGUUGUACAGACAUUCUUUGGCUGAUAGCUUCUUUCUGGAUGCUUUACUUUAUCAUCGUAAUGUAUAUGAAUACAUCCGAGAAUAACUUUCUUGAUGCCAACACUGCAUUUUUGGCCAUGAAUUAUGCAGAUAUCAUCAUGAGUUCAACAGACAUGAUCUCUUGUGUGAUUGGAAAAUUUAUUGUUUGCAUUAGUUCCAUGAACAGGCUGAGUACUUUUCUGAACAGUGAAGAGCUCUCUGAGAAUACAAUGGUUGGAACAUCAAAUAACUCUUUUUCUGUGAUCACUUUCCACCGAGCUAGCUUUUCCUGGAAUCAGUCUGGCCCCAUUAUUCUUAAAGACAUCAACUUGUCAAUACUGCCUGGUGAACUUGUAGCUAUCAUUGGAGCUGUAGGAUCUGGCAAGUCUUCUCUUCUCUGUGCUAUUUUAGGAGAGAUGUUCAAAGUUCAUGGCCACUUGAAUGUCAAGUCUACAUUGUCCUACGUGUCACAAAAAUCCUGGAUACAGAAUAACUCAGUGAAAGAAAAUAUUUUAUUUGGAUUGCCUUAUGAGAAAUGUUUAUAUCAAGAAGUUCUAGAUGGAUGUGCCUUAAAAUCUGAAGUAGAGAAAAUGCCUGGAGGAGACGACUCAGAGAUAGGUGAGAAUGGUGUCAACUUGUCAGGUGGUCAGAAACAAAGAAUCUCUUUGGCCAGAGCUGUUUAUAAUCAAGCUGAUAUUUAUUUAUUAGAUGACCCUCUAAGUGCUUUAGACAACCAUAUUGCAGAAGAAAUCUUUAACAAUGUAAUUAGUAAAAGUGGAAUGCUUAAGGAAAAGAUAAGGUUGUUGGUGACUUACAACAUGAACUAUCUUUCAAGUGUAGACAGAAUUAUUGUGUUGUCCAAUGGCUCCAUUGUUGGCUGUGGAACAUAUGAUGAAUUGUGUCAACAAGGAGUAAUUAACCCAGCAUUUCUUCAAUAUUUGUCUAAGUCAUUGGCUAAGAAAGGGGCUGUGAAACCAACUUACAAAGCUGCUCCUACUUAUUAUUCACUCAAGAUGAGUCAGGGAACAGAAAUUGUCAAAAGUGGCUUGACAUCAUCCUGUCAUGAAUGUCAUGUCAUCAGGCAACAGCAUAUUAUUCAUGAUGAACAAGCUGAGACAGGAAAGGUCAAAUGGUCACUCUACUGGAUGCUAGUUCAAGGACUUGGGUGGAAGCAAUCAGUAAUCAUACUUGUCUUUCUGUUGGCCUAUCAUGCAAUGUUUAAUGUGGGAAAUAUUUGGCUGGCCAACUGGAAUGAUGACAUGUUACUCAAUAACUUCACAUCUCUCCCUGGAAACACAACAGAGAGAUACCAGAGAAACAGCUACUAUCUCUGUGUAUACACAGUGUUUGGUAUACUGCAAACCCUUUGUGCAUUUGUUUACAUGUUUCUGCUACAAUUUCGACAAAUCUCUGCUUCAAGAAAAUUUCACACCCUACUGCUGCACAGUAUAAUGAAUGCACCUGUUAGAUUCUUUGACAGUACACCCAUCGGCCGCAUACUGAAUCGAUUUGGUGAGGACAUUGUAUCCGUGGACUACGAUAUUUACAGCAAAGCUAACUACACGUUGAAUAAUGCUUUACGUUGUCUGGCCACCCUCAUAUUUAUUUCAUGCAUCAUGCCUAGAUUUCUGAUAGUCGUAGCCGUGGUUGUAGGAGUUCUGUAUAUCAUUCAGCAACUGUAUAUUCGGUCCUCAUGUCAACUCAGAAGAAUGGCAAGUAUCCAACAGUCUCCAAUAUUCAUACAUUUUAGUGAAACUCUGUCUGGUAUCAGUGUCAUUCGAGCUUAUCAGGCACAAGGCAGGUUCAUCAGGGAUCUAUUUACAAAAAUAGACCACUUCCAGGGCCUAAGAAUAGCAUCUAUAGCAAUAGCUAGAUGGUUCGAAGCACGUCUGGAUAUACUGAGCAGUGUCAUCAUUGGAGCAUCCACCAUCUUUGCUGUUGUGAACAGGCACAGUCUCUCACCUGGACUAGUUGCUCUCAUUGUCACCUGUGCUAUCCGAGUGAAUAAGGAAAUGAGUAAGUUCGCUACAAUAUUUGGUGAGCUGGAGAAUGAUGUUGUUUCCAUAGAAAGAAUACAACAGUUUUCAAAGAUUGAAAAUGAGAAUUCUUUCACUAGAAAUAAUUUGUCAACAAAUGAUAAAGAUUGGCUAACAACUGGCUCUAUCCAGUUUAUAGAGUAUUGUGCUAGUUAUGGAGCAGGAAAUGGUCCAGUUCUCAGAAACGUGAAUUUCUCAAUUAAAGGAGGAGAAAAAAUUGGUAUUGUUGGAAAAACAGGAGCAGGUAAAUCCUCCAUUGCUUUGGCUCUUUUUAGAUUUAUGGAAGAAACAAGUGGAUCUGUAUUGAUUGAUAGUGUGAACAUUGCUCAUGUUAAUUUGAAAUCUCUGAGAAACAAUUUGACCAUCCUACCCCAGGAGCCAGUUCUAUUUACUGGCACUUUGCGCUUUAACCUGGAUCCACGAGGAGAAAAAACAGAUUCUGAGAUAUGGAAGGCUCUUGAAUUAUCUCAUCUAAAAACUUGUGUCGAGGGCUUACCCAAUAAACUGGACUAUGAAGUGGAAGAAGCUGGUGAGAAUUUAAGCAUGGGCCAACGACAGCUUCUCUGUUUAGCAAGGACUUUAUUGAAAAAGACAAAAAUUUUGAUUCUCGAUGAGCCCACAGCAUCCAUUGAUUUAGAGACUGAGAUAGUAAUCAACAAAACUAUCUUUAGUGAAUUCAGUCAAUGUACAGUCCUUACUAUCACUCACAGACUUAACUCUGUGCUCCACUUUGAUAAAAUUCUGGUGAUGGAUGAGGGACAAGUUGUUGAGUUUGAUACACCACAGAAUCUUUUAUCAAGGCCUGAUUCUUUAUUUUAUUCAAUGUCACAAAAUGGGUUCUCAGUACAGAACUCGGAAGUGUGACAUAAAUGUAUAAUCUCUGUAUAUAGUUUGUUUUUCCUGAUGCUGUAAGAGUAAAGUAUUAUUUGUUUCAAUGUCUUUUGUAAAUCAGGGGUGUUAAUUUAAGCUUUAAGAAUGUUUUAGAAAGUUUGUUUGUGGAAUUGGCCUGUUAAUAAUGCAAACAAUCAUCUUU